UGUACUUGUAGAUGACAAAUGUGCAAAGGUUCCUUUACAAAUGCUUUUAAACCAUACGGCUAAAAGAAUUAUAGAGAUGCAAAAGGAAGUAUUUGCGACAAUUACGUGUAACUUCAUAUCAACGGAAAUGAUAUUUAGCUCCGGUUUUGACAGCAGCUCUGGUCAAUCUCAAUAUAAGCAAUCUUUCCUUGACCAAAGUACAUCACGAAAUGCUGAUUCAUGUCUUUUGGCCACAACAGUGAUUCCCUUGAGACUCUUGAGUAGCGCGGGAGCCCCGAUUUGGAAUAAUUGUUUUCCGCAGUCCACAAGAUUUUGUCGGCCUUUAAAAUUAGAAUACACGAGUGAAACUAAGGAAGUGAUAACAAGAGAAGCUGCUGACUUAAAUAAACAAAUUCAAGAGCUUGAAAACUUACGUGUUGAAAUCGAAGCUGUACAUAAAGUUAUAGUUCACUCAAAGCAAAUAAUGCAGAAUACACCACUUCCUGUUGGUUACUUCGGAGAGGAUGCAGCUGAGUCACGAAACAAAAUAUAUAAAAGCGACAGACUGCACCAUGCACGUAAGACUAGCCGCAUUGAUAAUCUUUUCGAUGUAUUUCAUAGAGCUCUUGACACAUCGGAUCCAUUAAUUUCAUCUCUUCGCUUAAAUACACGUGUGCGCCAAAGGAAGCGUUUAACGCUGCCACUAGAAGUAAAGGAAUUAUUGUAUUGUGAGGAUAUCGGUGAAACAUGUGCGACUGAGAAUUUAGAAAAUAUGGAUGAUGACGAGGGCGACGAAGAAUUUUCCAGAAGAAUUUGAACAGGAAAAUACAUUUUUGGAUAAUGAAUUGUAUUUAAAUUAAAGAGUUUAAUAAAAUUUUAAUAUUUUCGUAAA